AUGGCGGCAGGCUGGCGGGUAAUCUUUACCCCAUCUCCAGUAUACGGAUCCCAUAAGCGCAGCAGGUCGUCUGCCUGGGAUGGGCAGGGCCGAUAUUCACCGACAGGAUCGGUCGAUGAUAUCAUUGCGUCUCCUAGCCUGUCUGAUUACUCUUUGGACAAUGGGCUGGAUCUCGUCAUCCCCACCAACAAGCCGAAGCAACAAGGUAAUAAACCUCGAUCGCAGCGACGACCGUCGAACCGGGACGAGUUUGAUGGCCCGCAUCAGUUCUUGCAGCGCCCGCCCCCCGAUGUUAUUGCUAUGCAGGAGAGAGAGCUCCCGCAUCUGCCGACCAACCUUCAUGUGCAAGAACAGGACAACGUUCUCAACCAGGUCAAUGACCGACUAUCUCAAUGCGCCUACGACUUUGUGGCCAAAUACCAGUUCCCAAUUCCGUUGACUCAAGACAUGAGGCCUGUAGAGAGGCCCCAAGACCGAGAGUGGACCGAGUGGGUUUACCUUUUGAAGAGGCUUGCCACCAAGAGACGGAUUCCCGCCAGAGUCCUUUACAAUGGACAAAUCAAGCAGUUUGUCACCAUCCUCGAGAACUCACUCGAGAUGCGGCAUGCUGCUAAGCAUCAGAGCCGCCCUCUGAAAGAUGAUCGAAACAUCCUCCAGCUCAUUUCCGCUGGAAUUCAGGUGGCUAAAAUCCUGAAGGAUGCGUCGGCGAUGGACUAUCUCGACCGGCUAUACGUUUCAACGGAGAAGCAGAUUCAGGAGCGUGCUAAUGCGCGAUUCCGAUCCUAAGCCUUCUCCCCCAUCUCUACCAGUCUCUUUUUUGGCAUUAAUGAUCACGUUUAUCAUGAGACUGCAGAUUUGAAAAUGAUUGAUGAUUUCUUUUUAUUUUUUCAUGUUUAUCACAGCAACACAAAAAAUGAAUAACGAGAAAACGAAUACCUUUCACAAAAUAUCCAGUCAUGCUACGGCCAUCCAACUAUGAUGAUGACGAUAUGUAGACCUAAAAGUUGCGCUCUGAGGCGGCCUGCUUUAGCAAUGUAAAUUGACGGGCUGUAUUGGGAUUGGCUGCGAUGAUUUUUUUUUUUUUUUUUUUUCUUUUCUGGUUCUUCUGUUUAUACUACUCUUUUUUAACAUCUUUCAAGUAUGGCUCGUGUCAUGGUAGCCUUGCGUUUGGACGCUGGCAGGACACUCUUACAUUCAUUGUUCAGACAUCAUCAGCGAACGAGCUUUGCAACAACAAUUUGCUUUGAUAACGAAUGAGGUACUUGAGAAUUGACCAAUCGGUGUGAGACCCAGUACAUGUUACUGCAUUG